AUGGCGGACGUGGAAACCAGAGCGAAGCUGAAAUCGCAAUUCUUGGAUCGUCCUUCUGACCAGCAUAUCGAGCGUUGGGAUGAUUUGUGGAAGCAGGGCGUCACGCCCUGGGAUCGAAAUGGCCCUAGCGUUGCUCUCAAGGACGCCAUUACAGGACACGAGGAUUUGUUCGGCUCGCCGGUAGCGGGAGGUGGACGGAAGCGAGCAUUGGUGCCUGGAUGUGGGAGAGGGUAUGAUGUGCUUCUGCUGGCGGCACUGGGCUAUGAUACCUAUGGCGUUGAUGGAUCCGAGACCGCAGUGGGAGAAGCCAGGAAGUUACAGGCGAUGUCGGUCGACGAUGACAUCUACGCUGUCCACGAUGCGGAGGUCGGUCGUGGCGAGUCGAGAUUCAUCCUCGGUGACUUUUUCAACGACGACUUCCUGGAGAGUACUAAGGGCGCCGAGUUCGAUGUCGUCUUCGACUACACUUUCCUGUGCGCACUACCUCCUGAAAUGAGACCACAGUGGGCACGCCGGAUGCGCGAUCUGCUAUCUCCAAGUGGUCAUCUUGUAUGUCUGCAGUGGCCUCUGGGCAAGGAUCCGAAAGAAGGAGGACCGCCGCACGCACUGACGAAUGAUUUGUAUGUUGAGCUUUUCAAAUCGCCGGGCGAGGAUGUAGAGUAUGGUGAAGAUGGCAAGGCUAAGGAGACUGAUCGGGAAGUCGGUCCAUCGGGCCUGGUCAGAGUGAAGCAUUACAGACCAGAGCGCACACAUCCCGCUGGCCAGACCAGUGAUUACGUGUCGAUAUGGAAGCGGCAGUAG